GCCUUACUCCAGACUCACCGCAGGAGACAUGCUGGCACAAUAACGAUGUCUCUGAAAUGCGCUCAUCACGAAAUAAGGAAAAUAAUAUGUAGCUGUUUUAUGAGCUGACAAUUACCUUCGUGAUAUGAUGGUAUUUACGGUUGUCAGCGCGCGUCCGGUGCGCCAGUGGUUGCUGGUUAUCACCAUGCGUUUUAUUGCGUUCUCCAUGGCUUUUCAACAGGACAGGAGCAGGACAGUGAGGGACUUGUCUGGGCGUCUCGGUGGGCCGUCGGGGUCCGUGGGGCUCUGCACCUUUGGCACGUCUACUGCCUGCUGUUUAGGCUGGAGGAAUGUCAUGGGAGUCUGCCAACCUGUGUGCAACAAGCCUUGCAGGAAUGAAGUCUGUGUGGGUCCAGAUAAGUGCUCCUGCUCUGUGGGAUACAAGGGCCAGCAAUGUGACCAAGAUGUGAAUAAGUGUGGACUCCCAGAGCGACCGUGCUCCAACAGCUGUAUGAACACCCAGGGUAGUUACCGGUGUUACUGCGACCCCGGAUACAACCUCAUGACAGAUGGACCAACCUGCACCAAAGAGCAUAAGUGUUCCUCCUCACGCUGCCAUUUAGCUUGCCAGAUCGACCGGGGGGGAGAGGUGCGCUGUCUGUGUGCCCCCGGCCUCCACCUGGUCGCCAACAACAGGACCUGUGAAGAUGUGGAUGAGUGUCGCAGGGCGUCAGAUGUUUGCCCUCCCCGGCGCACUUGCAAGAACACCUUUGGCAGCUUUGUGUGUGCGUGCAGGGAGGGCUUCGUGUUGGGGACGCUCCAGGACUCAGUGCAGUGUCGAGAUAAGGACGAGUGUCUGGACAGUACUCACCUGUGUAGCCGUCAUUCCCAGUGUUUCAACACCUCUGGUUCCUACACCUGUCAAUGUCUGGAGGACUACUCUGGCGACGGCCACACGUGCUGGCCGAGGAGAGCCUCCCAGUCCAAGACCUCCAUGUACCUCCGGUACAAACUCUCCAAAAGGACCAGGCCCAUACAACAACCACGACGUCCGCAGCUCUGACGGUGCCUCUGGUUCUGACGGAUAACACUGUUGUGAAGUAGUUACUGGCGGGCAUUUUGGGUCGAGCCGUGUUGAAGUAGCACAUGAGAACUACAGGAGGAAAAUAGAUUUGUGUUGAAGCAGCUUCAUAGGACAUAUCACGAGGUCGAUGUGGGGUAAAUUGAGGUGGAGUUCCACUAUCAAAACAUAGUUAAAGCCGAGUAAUGCUAAGAAUUCCUCACACAACUGGAAAGUGUGGAAACGUUCUGUUUUAGCCGUUCAUUUGCCAGGCCUCUCUUCAGUUAGUCAACAAAGAUCCUAGAUUGCUACACGGUGCCAUUAGUGGUCUGCUGUUUGUUGUCAGUCAAAGAAGCCAUUCAUUUGACAAACACAUUCGUCAAGGAAACACACUCUGUAGUCUGCCUGCCAUGCUUCAGACUCAAAACGCUCUGUGAUGACAUGGAAUUUUCUUUGGUUUAAGUUUCUCAGCUUAUUGUCUCCGAAAAGGUCACGGUUAAGAACAAGUUUCACACGCACUGCCAUACUGCUCGUUUGGCAUUUGUAACCAAUUUCACAAUACACAUAAGGGAUCUUGAUAGGGACUUCCUGUAGUGAGUAGUUUUCUGACAGGCCAGUGAGUGUGCACGAGGGGACUAUUAGUCCGUAGGGACUAGUCUUUGAGAGGAGUGUAUACGUCAUUAUUUGUUAAUAAAAGGCUGACCUCUGGUGGAAAGAUAAGGGAGGAUAUUUGUCUUCGAGAGAGAGAGCAGCGUCACCCUGACUUCUCCAUAGAUGGGGUCAUAGAUAGCAGUAUCACCCUGACUUCUCUAUAGAUGGAUCAUAGAUAGUAGUAUCACCCUGACUUCUCCAUAGAUAGUAGUAUCACCCUGACUUCUCUAUAGAUGGAUCAUAGAUAGUAGUAUCACCCUGACUUCUCCAUAGAUGGGGUCAUAGAUAGCAGUAUCACCCUGACUUCUCUAUAGAUGGAUCAUAGAUAGUAGUAUCACCCUGACUUCUCCAUAGAUGGGGUCAUAGAUAGCAGUAUCACCCUGACUUCUCUAUAGAUGGAUCAUAGAUAGUAGUAUCACCCUGACUUCUCCAUAGAUAGUAGUAUCACCCUGACUUCUCCAUAGAUGGAUCAUAGAUAGUAGUAUCACUCUGACUUCUCCAUAGAUGGGAUCAUAGAUAGUAGUAUCACCCUGACUUCUCUAUAGAUGGAUCAUAGAUAGUAGUAUCACCCUGACUUCUCCAUAGAUGGGAUCAUAGAUAGUAGUAUCACCCUGACUUCUCUAUAGAUAGUAGUAUCACCCUGACUUCUCCAUAGAUGGAUCAUAGAUAGUAGUAUCACUCUGACUUCUCCAUAGAUGGGAUCAUAGAUAGUAGUAUCACCCUGACUUCGCUAUAGAUGGAUCAUAGAUAGUAGUAUCACGCUGACUUCUCCAUAGAUGGAUCAUAGAUAGUAGUAUCACUCUGACUUCUCCAUAGAUGGGAUCAUAGAUAGUAGUAUCACCCUGACUUCUCUAUAGAUGAAUCAUAGAUAGUAGUAUCACGCUGACUUCUCCAUAGAUAGUAGUAUCAACCUGACUUCUCCAUAGAUGGAUCCUAGAUAGUAGUAUCACGCUGACUUCUCCAUAGAUAGUAGUAUCAACCUGACUUCUCCAUAGAUGGAUCCUAGAUAGUAGUAUCACCCUGACUUCUCCAUAGAUGGAUCAUAGAUAGUAGUAUCACCCUGACUUCUCUAUAGAUGAAUCAUAGAUAGUAGUAUCACCCUGACUUCUCCAUAGAUAGUAGUAUCACCCUGACUUCUCUAUAGAUGGAUCAUAGAUAGUAGUAUCACGCUGACUUCUCCAUAGAUAGUAGUAUCAACCUGACUUCUCCAUAGAUGGAUCAUAGAUAGUAGUAUCACCCUGACUUCUCCAUAGAUAGUAGUAUCAACCUGACUUCUCCAUAGAUGGAUCAUAGAUAGUAGUAUCACCCCGACUUCUCCAUAGAUGGGAUCAUAGAUAGUAGUAUCACCCUGACUUCUCCAUAGAUAGUAGUAUCACCCUGACUUCUCCAUAGAUGGAUCAUAGAUAGUAGUAUCACUCUGACUUCUCCAUAGAUGGGAUCAUAGAUAGUAGUAUCACCCUGACUUCUCCAUAGAUGGAUCAUAGAUAGUAGUAUCACUCUGACUUCUCCAUAGAUGGGAUCAUAGAUAGUAGUAUCACCCUGACUUCGCUAUAGAUGGAUCAUAGAUAGUAGUAUCACGCUGACUUCUCCAUAGAUGGAUCAUAGAUAGUAGUAUCACUCUGACUUCUCCAUAGAUGGGAUCAUAGAUAGUAGUAUCACCCUGACUUCUCUAUAGAUGAAUCAUAGAUAGUAGUAUCACGCUGACUUCUCCAUAGAUAGUAGUAUCAACCUGACUUCUCCAUAGAUGGAUCCUAGAUAGUAGUAUCACGCUGACUUCUCCAUAGAUAGUAGUAUCAACCUGACUUCUCCAUAGAUGGAUCCUAGAUAGUAGUAUCACCCUGACUUCUCCAUAGAUGGAUCAUAGAUAGUAGUAUCACCCUGACUUCUCUAUAGAUGAAUCAUAGAUAGUAGUAUCACCCUGACUUCUCCAUAGAUAGUAGUAUCACCCUGACUUCUCUAUAGAUGGAUCAUAGAUAGUAGUAUCACGCUGACUUCUCCAUAGAUAGUAGUAUCAACCUGACUUCUCCAUAGAUGGAUCAUAGAUAGUAGUAUCACCCUGACUUCUCCAUAGAUAGUAGUAUCAACCUGACUUCUCCAUAGAUGGAUCAUAGAUAGUAGUAUCACCCCGACUUCUCCAUAGAUGGGAUCAUAGAUAGUAGUAUCACCCCGACUUCUCCAUAGAUGGGAUCAUAGAUAGUAGUAUCACCCUGACUUCUCCAUAGAUGGGAUCAUAGAUAGUAGUAUCACUCUGACUUCUCCAUAGAUGGAUCAUAGAUAGUAGUAUCACCCUGACUUUUCCAUAGAUGGAUCAUAGAUAGUAGUAUCACCCUGACUUUUCAAUAGAUGGAUCAUAGUUGGGGCGGCAGGUAGCCUAGUGGUUAGAGUGUUGGAUUAGUAAACUAAAGGUUAGAAGAUCGAAUCCCUGAACCGACAAGGUAAACAUCUGUUGUUCUGCCCCUGAACAAGGCAGUUAACCCACUGUUCCUAGGCUGUCACUGAAAAUAAGAACAUGUUCUUAACUGACUUGCCUAGUUAAAUAAAGGUAAAUAGAAAAUAAAAAAAUAGAUAGCAGUAUCACCCUGACUUCUCCAAAUAUGGGAUCAUACAUAGCAGCAUCUCCCUGACUUCUCCAUAGAUGUGAUCAUAGAUAGCAGCAUCUCCCUGACUUCUCCAUAGAUGGAUCAUAGAUAGCAGCAUCUCCCUGACUUCUCCAUAGAUGUGAUCAUAGAUAGCAGCAUCUCCCUGACUUCUCCAUAGAUGGAUCAUAGAUAGUAGUAUCACCCUGACUUCUCCAUAGAUGUGAUCAUAGAUAGCAGCAUCUCCCUGACUUCUCCAUAGAUGGGAUCAUAGAUAGCAGCAUCUCCCUGAGUUCUCCAUAGAUGGGAUCAUAGAUAGCAGCAUCUCCCUGACUUCUCCAUAGAUGGGAUCUCAGCAUCUCCCUGACUUCUCCAUAGAUUGGAUCACAGCAUCUCCCUGACUUCUCCAUAGAUGGGAUCAUAGAUCACAGCAUCUCCCUGACUUCUCCAUAGAUGGGAUCAUAGAUCACAGCAUCUUCCUGACUUCUCCAUAGAUGGGAUCAUAGAUCACAGCAUUUCCCUGACUUCUCCAUAGAUGGGAUCAUAGAUCACAGCAUCUCCCUGACUUCUCCAUAGAUGGGAUCAUAGAUAGCAGCAUCUCCCUGACUUCUCCAUAGAUGGGCUACAUAACCGAAAGCUGUUGAAAUGCAUGUAUUUGUUGAGUCGUGUUAAUUAAUUAAGGCACUUUGAGAGAUCGUCUGUUUGAUGAUGUAAAAUGUCUGGAACAAUGGUAUACUUGUUGAAUGGGAACCAACCAAUAAAGUUUGUUGUUAUUAUUA